AUGCAUUUUGCGAAUUCUAUUUCUUCUAAUCUUUGUCAAAAUAAAUCUUCUUUAUCUUUUGUGCCAUAUGACCCGAAUCUCCAGAGAAAAACUAGGAAGCGGAAGGCGAGGAGUGACGAAGACGAAUCGAAGUUAAGCGGAAAGAAAUCGACGCGAAAUGGUGCGGGAUCCAAGACCAACACUAUCCCUUCAACACAGACUCUUGAGCCAGCCACUCAGACUUUGAACUCAUACUCUGAACCUGUUGACGACGAAGUCAUUGAAAUCAGUCACCUGGCAUUCUAUCAUGAUGAACGCGAACGUGAAGACAAAGAUAAAGCCUCUAGCAACCUAGAAAAUCAAAUUCUUGCAGUUGUCGAAGGGAAGAAUGCAGUAGUAAACUCUUUCGCCACUAACAUGAUCUUAAUUACGGCCGGAGAGACUAGAUCUGGUUACCAGCCCCACGACAACGGAGAUAGUCAACAGAUAAUACUGGAAGAUUUAAUGGCCACUUGCACAUCCGCCACAUGUACCGAUGAUAUAUUUAGCCGUAUUUGUUCAUCAAAAACUCCAGACAGAGGAGAAUUAUCGAAUCAACUACCGUCGGACGUAUGUGUGUCAGGUUUCCCGCGCGACCGCGAAGACGAAGACAUCAUCUCCAAUGAUACAACAACUUUCGACGUGGUCAACCGUGAUGGAGAUGCGGCGAACUCAGUGAACAAUAGUGAGGAACUAUGUGAACCUGUAGCCAGAUCGAUUUUCCUCUCGAACUCAGUAAAUCAGGAUGUAAUUUCUGAGUCGAUAGCGAAAGAACACCACGAGAUACACGAUUCCAUUAAUGUUGCCGGUAGUCCCAGGGCAAAUUCAGAACCAUUCAGCGACGAUGAAGGAGAUCGACACGAAGUCGAGCAAAUCAUAGCUCAUUUUCAGCAUGAUGAUGACUCGAUACGCUAUUUCGUUAUUUGGAGAGGGUGGCCUAUAGAGAAAAGCACGUGGGAGCCUGCUGAAAACUUAAGAGACUGUCCAGAGCCUGUCCAGAGAUACUGGGCUUUUAAGGGGAAGUACAAUUCAAGCAACAAUGCAACUACCGCUGGAGAUCACAUGAGUUCAUUUGGCGACCAGAUACCUGAGGACGAUAGAGAUCGACACGAAAUCAAGAAGAUCUUGGAUCAUGAUGAGCACAAUGGCUUGCUACGCUGGCUUGUGCUAUGGUCCGACGAGUCAACAACGUGGGAAUCUGCUAGUAAUCUCGAUAAUUGUCGAUGGGUUAUCGAACAGUACUGGGGGCGUAUAUCACAGCAAAAGCAAGAGAAGAAAGAGUAG